AUGAGUAUAUUAUUUCUGAUUCUAAUUGCAUCAGUAAUGGGGGGAUGGUAAGUCUACUAUAAUGGUUUUCACUAACCAAACUAUCUUAAUUGCGCUUCUAAUACUUGCCCCUAUUCAUUCAAAUAUAGUGGGACAUUAACUAGCGCUCUGUUUUCAAAUUGUACAAAUCCUAUAGGAACUGCAUUAAUUUUAUCAUCUUCCUAAAUGAUGGCUAGUAUAAGUGAAUAACUCAACAAUUUGAAAGCAAAUGGCAUGAACCACACUUUAAAUUUAGAUAUAUAUCUUCUUACUUAAUGGAAUGGAGACUACUUGAAAAUAGAGUAUAAAACUUAGAACUACUAGUUUUAAUUUACCACUUAAAAUACUUUGUAAUUUAGUUUAGGAGGCUGUAAUUCAAGUUAACAUGAAGUAAAGACAAUUCAAAUCGCAUUUUAAGAAUUCACUUCUAUGAGUUAUUUAAAAUUCAGGAUCGUUAAUGAAUUAAACUUGGCUUUAAUUAAAAAUGUUCAUUUAUCUUAUUAUUUAUGUCAUCCUACUUGUAGAACUUGUACUGGAGAUGAUUAUAAUGAAUGCACAUCAUGCUUUUCAGGUGUUAGCUUAGUUAGUGGUACAUGUCGAUGUCCUAUCAGAACAAUUUUAACUGGUGAACCACCUUCAAAUUAUAGAUGUUUGAACUUUUUGUUUAUUAACCUACGCACAUAAAAGAAAAAGAUUUUCCAAACCUUAUGA